CAAGAAAAAGUCUCUCUUUCUUCUCCUUCUUCCUAUAAAGAGAGAAAAGGAAGGAGCUCUUUUGUUAUUCUCCCCUUCUGCAGUCUGCACCAAGUUCCAUCGCCCUUUCAGGACCAACCAACCCCCACAACCCAAAGCUCUCUCCCUCUCUCCAACAGCUUGAGAUCAGUUCAAUUCUUGCUCCUGUGUCCCUCUGAGUGAUGGGUGUGUGCAGCCGGUGUUCCCACACUUCUCACAUCACAGAGAUCAUCAUCACCAGCUUCUUCCGCCACAAGCCUUAGAUUCUCCACCUCAACAGAGACCGCAAAGAGAAAGAAAAUCGAGAAAGCUGAUCGCCUGAAGAAACCGCUUUCAUGGAAGCAGCUUGAGCGAGAGACUUUGACCAAGAACCACCCUUUUUUGUCCUUCUUUAUUUGCUUGCAACCUUUGCUGAUGGCGGGCGGUGCUUCGGCUUCAGCUAUCACGACUCUGCUUCAGAACCAGAGGGUCCCUCCUCUUUCUUCUUCUGAUACCUUUUUCCUUUCUGGGUCUUCUCCUUUUCUGGGUCCAAGAGCCAUGGUGAGCUUCGAAGAUGCUCACAGGGGAAACAGAUUGAGCAGACCAUUUUUCCGGUCAUUCGACCAUGAUGAAAACGGGGAUGACGACCUGGAGGAUUACUUCCAUCAGCCUGAAAAGAAGAGGCGCCUAACUGUUGAGCAGGUACAGUUUCUUGAAAAGAGUUUUGAAGCAGAGAACAAGCUCGAGCCAGAUCGCAAAGUCCAGUUGGCAAAAGACCUUGGAUUGCAGCCGCGACAGGUGGCCAUAUGGUUUCAGAAUCGGCGUGCACGGUGGAAGACAAAGCAGCUAGAGAAGGAUUACGAAGCUUUGCAAGCUUCUUAUAACAGCUUGAAGUCGGACUAUGACACUCUCGUCAAGGAGAGGAAUGAUCUGAAAGCUGAGGUUCUUAACCUCUCGGACAAGCUGCCUCACAAGGGAAAGGAGGAGGAGAGUUCCGAGUUGUCCAGCAAAUCAUCUCAAGGGCCAUUCCAGAACCCCAUUACCGAUUCUGUCUCUGAGGACGAAGUGUCUAGAGUACCUAUUCCUACAUGCCGGCCCGAAGAUAUUUGCUCAGUCAAGAGUGACAUGCUCGAUUCUGAAAGUCCGCAUUACACUGACGCUGGCCGCUCUUCGCUCUUGGAGCCCGGCGAUUCUUCCUAUGCUUUCGAACCUGACCAGUCGGAUCUUUCUCAAGAUGAAGAAGAUAAUUUGAGCAGGAGCCUUUUGCCCACGCGCAAUUAUCCAAAGCUCGAAAAUGCUGAUUACGCCGUCCCGCCCGCAAAUUCGUGUAACUUUGGAUUCCAUGCUGAAGAUCCCGCCUUUUGGUUUUGGUCAUACUGAGGGCGCCUUCGAUGUCCUCCCGUCACUCCUUUGUUUCUUGUAUCAUAUGAGGGGACACGCUAUAAGCAUGCAAUAAGCCCCAUCAAUAGCUAGCAUCUGUCCAAAUGCUGUAGUGAGUUUUCUCAGGAAAUUUCAAACCUGUGGUGGUUUCCUUGUCUUAGGUUUUGUUUUCUUGGGGAUUCCCCCUCAAAUGGGAUCUUCUGCUUUCUGUGUAAACUAAAUAAUGAAACCUUGUUUAUCAAUAGAAUGUUGAGCAUGUUGCCUCUGCUA